AUGCACGGAAUUCCACGGAACGCGACGCUUGCGGCGCGAAAGCAGCUGUCCACGGCAAGCUUCGUCUGCCGCAGCUGCCGCCAGCAACAGCAGCAAAGCCGUCAUUACUCGAGCAAUAUAACCCCGGCACCCCCGGCACCGCCCGCCGCUGGCUUUGCAGCCCUCUCAUCGCGACGCCUCAUUUCCGUCGCCGGCCCAGACGCUGCCAAGUUCCUCCAAGGUGUCAUCACGGCCAACAUCGCGUCCAAGGAGGCCAGAGCGAGGGAGACGGGUUUCUACGCUGCAUUCCUCAAUGCCACCGGCCGCGUUCUUCAUGACGUCUUCAUCUACCCAGAUAUUGCCGGCUUGGGCGGCGGCGCCGCGGCUGGAGAACAGCAGGCCGGUACCCGGUUCCUGAUCGAGGCCGACGCGAAUGAGGCCGAGAGACUUGCCAAGCACAUCAAGCGAUACAAGCUGCGCGCCAAGUUCAACGUGCGGCUGCUCGCGGCCGAUGAGGCGACGGUGUGGCACGCCUGGGACGACAGCGGCAAGCCCAUCACGACGGACCCUGCGGCGCUGAGCAGCAUGACGCGGGACCCGAGGACGCCGGGACUGGGAUACCGCCUUAUUCAAGGCAAGGACACGCCGCCACAGUUGGACCUCGAUGCUACCACGGAAGAUAGUUACACCAUUAGGCGGUACUUGCAGGGCGUCGCUGAAGGACAGGACGAGAUCAUUAGGGAGCAUGCUCUGCCCCAGGAAACCAAUAUGGACUACAUGAACGGCAUCGAUUAUCACAAGGGCUGCUACGUAGGACAAGAGCUCACGAUCCGGACGAAGCACCGCGGCGUGGUGCGCAAGAGAAUAUUGCCGUGCAUGAUUUACGAAGUGGACAGAGCUGCCCCUCAGAGCCUGCAGUACAGGCCAGAUGAAGAGGCGAAUCACGGACCUGAAGGUCUGCCGGCGGAAACGAUUCCGCGAGAAACCAGCAUUGGCCGCUCUGGUAAGAAGGGCAGAAGCGCAGGCAAGUGGCUCAAAGGUAUUGGGAACAUCGGCUUGGGCCUUUGCCGCCUGGAAAUCAUGACCGAUAUUGUCCUGCCCGGCGAGGCGGCUACCUCGACCUUUGACCCUGCUAACGAGUUCAUCUUGCGAUGGGGCGAGGAGGACAAGAGCAACGCAGUAAAAAUCAAGGCAUUCGUGCCCGAAUGGCUGAGGAAGGAAUUGAACGAGGCACCUGCCCACUAA